AUGCCGCCGAAGAAGAAGGGCGGUGGUGGGGGCGGUGGAGCCCCCAAGGUAACGAUCGACAAGACGUUCGGUAUGAAGAAUAAGAAGGGUGCGAAGGCGCAGCAGCAAAUUCGUAUUAUCCAGCAGCAGCAACAGCAGGCAGGCAAGACCCGGGAGGCGCUUGCGAAGGAGAAGCGACGUGAAGAGGAGAAGCGUGCGAAGGCGGAAGCGGAGAAGCGCCUCAAGAUGGAAGGGCCGACGAUUGUGCAGCCCCAUGUGCCGUUUGGUGUGGAUCCCAAGAGUCUGACAUGCAAUUUCUGGAAGGCUGGACGUUGUGAUAAGGGCUCCAAGUGCAAGUUUGCGCACUCGAACGACGCCCAACGCAAGGCGCAGAAGAAGGACCUGUACACGGACACGCGUGAUCAGAAGGACAAUGGGGAGGACGAUAAGAAGAACGAUACUAUGGACAAGUGGGAUCAGGAGCGUCUGAACAAGGUCAUUAAUAUGAAGCACGGCAACCCGCGCACGACGACCGACAAGGUGUGCAAGUACUUCUUGCAGGCGGUGGAAGAUGGCAAGUACGGCUGGUUCUGGGAAUGUCCGAAUGGUGGUGAAAAGUGCAUGUACCGUCAUGCGCUGCCGCCCGGCUUUAUUCUCAAGUCCGAGCGCAAAGAGAUGGAGGCGCUUGAAAAGGCGAAUGAAAUCUCGCUGGAAGAGUUCCUCGAGAGUGCGCGGCACAAACUGGGUGCGAACCUCACGCCUGUCACCGCUGAAUCGUUCGCCAAGUGGAAGAAGGAGCGUAUGGACAAGAAGGCUGCUGAAGAGGAAGCGCUACGACUGAAGAAGGCGACGCAGGCGCAUGCGAAUAAGAUGGCCGGCCUGAGUGGUCGUGAGAUGUUUGCGCUCAACCCCGACAUGUUCGUGGAUGACGAUGACGACGAUGACGAUGGCGCGGUGGAUAUGGCGACGUACAUGCCCAGCGGAUGGGAGCAAGGUCGUCAGGACGAGGGCGAAGAGGCUCCGACCUCGGCGAUGGCGAACCUGAGCGUGUAA